AUGUCACCGUCGACUUUCGCUAAGGGACUACCAGAAACCUUUCGUUCGGCCCUCACGGGAGUUAUUCCCAGCCAAAAGUCAUACUGGGUCGAGCAUCCUCAACCGUCCCUUUUACAUCGUUCACUCCACGAAAAGCCGCUACUGGCAACGUUCAGUUCGGGCCUCAAAAUAACCUUAGAAGAUGGAGCACAGGUUUUGGACGCAUGUGGUGGUGCUGCGGUCGCAAGCAUUGGCCAUGGUUGUCAAGAGGUCCUUUCAGCUAUGUCAGAACAAGCUCGGUCAAUCUCAUACGUACACACCGCAACAUACACCACUGCCUCCGCAGAAGAACUAGCAGAUAUUUUGGUGGGGAACAGGCCUUAUGGAAUCAGCAAAGCCUUCUUCGUCGGCAGCGGCAGCGAGGCUGUGGAUGGUGCGAUGAAAUUGGCCCGACAAUAUUUCUACGAGAAGGGGGACUUUGAGCGGAAACAUUUCAUAGCCCGAAGGCAGGGGUAUCACGGAAACACCUUCGGGAGUAUGUCCAUCUCGAGCAACCUAUCUCGAUUGAAACCAUACCGCGGGAUUCUACUCCCAAACGUCAGUCAUGUCAGUCCCUGCUACAGGUACCAGUACCAGUCGCAAGACGAAACGACCGAGGACUACGUUGCUCGUUUGGCUGCAGAACUAGAUUUUGAAUUUCAGAGAGUCGGCGCCAAUACUGUCAUAGCUUUUGUCGCUGAGACGGUAGUAGGUGCUACCAGUGGCUGUGUCACGCCUGCACCUGGAUACCUAGCGGCAAUGCGAGCGGUUUGCAGAAAGCACGGUGCAUUGUUUAUACUGGACGAGAUUAUGUGUGGAACGGGGCGCACCGGGACGAUGUUUGCUUGGGAGCAAGAGCGCGAUGAGGAUGGAAACCCUGUUUUCCCUGAUAUCAUGACCAUUGGCAAGGGGCUAGGCGGCGGAUAUGCCCCAAUUUCCGGGAUCCUGGUCCAUCAGAACGUGGUCGACGUCCUCGAUUGUGGAUCCGGCUCCUUUAAUCACGGUCACACAUUUCAGGCGCAUCCCAUCAGUUGUGCAGCAGCACUUGCAGUCCAGAGGAUUAUUCGUCGGGACGACCUUCUCGAAAAUUGUGUUAAAAUGGGAACAAUCCUCGAGCGCUGUCUGCGUGAACAACUUGGAGACGAAAAGCACGUUGGUGAUAUCCGGGGCCGUGGUCUUUUCUAUGCUGUCGAGUUCGUGCAAGACAGAGCAGAGAAAAGCCCAUUCGAGCCAAAGCUGCAAUUUGGGUUUCUGGUGCAAAAGGAAGCUCUCAAACUUGGUGUGGCUGUCUAUCCAGGCACAGGGACAGUAGAUGGAGUGCGCGGCGAUCACAUUCUCAUCGCACCUCCAUUCACGGUGAAAGAGCACGAGAUCCGGCACAUAGUUGAAGUUGUGACAGAGGCCUAUAAGGUCGCUGUUAAGCUCGUAACGAGGACAAUUCCACAAUGA